AUGACGACCGUGGGCAGCGUGGACACGCUUCCAGAAUACGAGAAGAGUCAGAUCAAGAGAGCCCUGGAGCUGGGGACCGUGAUGACCGUGUUCAGCUUCCGCAAGUCCACGCCCGAGCGCAGGACUGUCCAGGUGAUCAUGGAGACGCGGCAGGUGGCCUGGAGCAAGACAGCCGACAAGAUCGAGGGCUUCUUGGAUAUCAUGGAAAUAAAGGAGAUCCGUCCAGGGAGAAGCUCCAAGGACUUUGAGCGUGCGAAAACGGUCCGCCAGAAGGAAGACUGCUGCUUUACCAUCUUCUACGGCACGCAGUUCGUCCUCAGCACGCUAAGCUUAGCAGCUGACUCCAAGGAGGAUGCAGUCAUGUGGCUUUCCGGCUUGAAGAUCUUACACCAAGAAGCGAGGAACGCCUCCACGCCCACAAUUAUCGAGAGUUGGCUGAGAAAGCAGAUUUAUUCUGUGGAUCAAACCAGAAGAAACAGCAUCAGUCUCCGGGAGCUGAAGACCAUCUUGCCUCUGGUCAACUUCAAAGUGAACAGUGCCAAGUUCCUCAAAGAUAAGUUUCUGGAAAUAGGCGCGCACAGAGAUGAACUCAGCUUUGAACAGUUCCAUCUCUUCUAUAAAAAACUUAUGUUUGAACAGCAAAAAUCGAUUCUUGACGAAUUCAAGAAGGAUUCUUUUGUCUUCAUCCUGGGGAACACGGACCGGCCGGAUGCCUCUGCUGUCCACCUGCAUGACUUCCAGAGGUUUCUCUUACAUGAACAGCAGGAGCCCUGGGCUCAGGAUCUGAACAAAGUCCGCGAGCGGAUGACGAAGUUUAUCGACGACACGAUGAGGGAGACGGCUGAACCCUUCUUGUUUGUCGACGAGUUCCUCAUGUACCUGUUCUCACGGGAAAACAGCAUUUGGGACGAGAAGUAUGACGUGGUUGACAUGCAGGACAUGAACAACCCCUUGUCUCACUACUGGAUCUCCUCGUCACAUAACACGUACCUCACGGGUGACCAGCUGCGGAGUGAGUCGUCCACGGAGGCGUAUGUUCGCUGUCUGCGAAUGGGCUGCCGCUGCAUUGAGCUGGACUGCUGGGACGGGCCAGACGGAAAGCCCAUCAUCUACCACGGCUGGACGCGCACCACCAAGAUCAAGUUUGACGAUGUUGUGCAGGCCAUCAAAGACCACGCCUUUGUCACCUCAAGCUUUCCCGUGAUCCUGUCCAUCGAGCAGCACUGUGGGGUGGAACAGCAGCGCUACAUGGCCAAGGUGUUCAGGGAGGUACUGGGUGACACGCUGCUGGUGAAGCCCACGGAGGCCAGUGCCGACCAGCUGCCCUCGCCCAGCCAGCUGCGUGAGAAGGUCAUCAUCAAGCAUAAGAAGCUGGGCCCUCGAGGGGACGUGGACGUCAACGUGGAGGACAAGAAGGACGAACAGAAGCAGCAGGGCGAGCUGUACAUGUGGGACCCCAUCGACCAGAAGUGGACCCGGCACUACUGCGCCAUUGCUGAUGCCAAGCUGUCCUUCAGUGACGACAUAGAGCAGGCGGUGGAGGAGGAGCUGCCCCAGGACACGCCCCCCACAGAGCUGCACUUUGGGGAGAAGUGGUUCCACAAAAAGGUGGAGAAGAGGACGAGUGCAGAGAAGCUUCUGCAGGAGUACUGCACCGAGUCGGGGGGCAAAGAUGGGACCUUCCUGGUGCGGGAGAGCGAGACCUACCCCAAGGACUACACCCUCUCCUUCUGGCGGUCCGGCCGGGUCCAGCACUGCCGCAUCCGCUCCACCAUGGAGGGCGGGACCCUGAAGUACUUCCUGACGGACAACCUCAUGUUCAGCAGCAUCUACGCCCUGAUCCAGCACUACCGCGAGAACCACCUGCGUUGCGCCGAGUUCGAGCUGCGGCUUACCGACCCCGUGCCCAACCCCAACCCGCACGAGUCCAAGCCGUGGUACUACGACGGGCUGAGCCGUGGGGAGGCGGAGGACAUGCUGAUGAGGGUGCCCCGUGACGGGGCCUUCCUGGUCCGGAAGCGAGAAGGUGCUGACUCCUACGCCAUCACAUUCAGGGCCAGGGGGAAGGUGAAGCACUGCCGUAUCAACCGGGACGGCCGGCACUUCGUGCUGGGGACCUCGGCCUACUUUGAGAGCCUGGUGGAGCUGGUCAGCUACUACGAGAAGCACGCGCUUUACCGCAAGAUGAAGCUGCGCUACCCCGUGACCCCCGAGCUGCUGGAGCGCUACAACAUGGAAAGAGAUAUCAGCUCCCUCUAUGAUGUGAGCAGGAUGUAUGUGGAUCCCAGUGAAAUCAACCCUUCCACGCCUCAGAGAACCGUGAAAGCUUUGUAUGACUACCGGGCCAAGCGGAGUGACGAGCUGAGCUUCUGCCGCGGCGCCCUCAUCCACAACGUCUCCAAGGAGCCCGGGGGCUGGUGGAAAGGGGACUACGGGGCCCGAAUCCAGCAGUACUUCCCAUCGAACUACGUGGAGGACAUUUCAACUGUUGACGUGGAGGAGUUGGAGAAGCAGAUUAUCGAAGACAAUCCUUUAGGGUCUCUUUGCAGAGGGAUCCUGGACCUCAAUACCUAUAAUGUUGUGAAAGCCCCACAAGGGAAAAACCAGAAGUCCUUCGUCUUUAUCCUGGAGCCCAAGAAGCAGGGGGACCCGCCGGUGGAGUUCGCCACAGACAAGGUGGAGGAGCUCUUUGAGUGGUUCCAGAGCAUCCGCGAGAUCACCUGGAAGAUCAACACCCAGGAGAACAACAUGAAGUACUGGGAGAAGAACCAGUCCAUAGCCAUUGAGCUCUCAGACCUGGUCGUAUACUGCAAACCCACCAGCAAAACCAAGGACAAUUUAGAAAACCCUGACUUCCGAGAAAUCCGUUCCUUUGUGGAGACCAAGGCUGACAGCAUCAUCAGACAGAAGCCCCUCGACCUCUUGAAGUACAACCAGAAAGGCCUGACCCGCGUCUACCCCAAGGGACAGAGGGUUGAUUCUUCAAACUACGAUCCCUUCCGGCUCUGGCUGUGUGGCUCCCAGAUGGUGGCGCUCAACUUCCAGACAGCAGAUAAGUACAUGCAGUUGAAUCAUGCCUUGUUUUCUCUCAAUGGGCGGACGGGCUACGUCCUGCAGCCUGAGAACAUGAGGACUGAGAAGUAUGACCCACUACCGCCCGAGCCCCAGAGGAAGAUCCAGAUGACACUGACAGUCAAGGUUCUUGGUGCCCGCCAUCUCCCCAAGCUUGGACGAAGCAUUGCCUGUCCCUUUGUUGAGGUGGAAAUAUGUGGAGCCGAGUAUGACAACAACAAGUUUAAGACGACAGUUGUCAUUGACAACGGCUUGAGUCCCGUCUGGGCUUCCACACAGGAGAAGGUCACGUUCGAAAUCUACGACCCCAACCUGGCAUUUCUGCGCUUUGUGGUUUACGAGGAAGACAUGUUCAGUGAUCCCAACUUCCUGGCUCACGCCACUUACCCUAUUAAAGGGAUCAAGUCAGGAUUUAGAUCGGUUCCUCUUAAGAACGGAUACAGUGAAGAUAUGGAGCUGGCAGCUCUCCUGGUUUUCUGUGAAACGCGGCCGGUCCUGGAGAGUGAAGAGGAGCUGUACUCGUCCUGUCGCCAGCUGCGGAGGCGGCAGGAAGAACUGAACAACCAGCUCUUUCUGUACGACACACACCAGAACCUGCGCAACGCCAACCGGGACGCCCUGGUCAGGGAGUUCAAUGUCACUGAGAACCAGCUACAGCUGUACCAGGAGAAGUGCAACCGGAGGUUGAGAGAGAAGAGGGUCAGCAACAGCAAGUUUUACUCCUAGGAGCCAGGGUACGUGUGCGAGGGGUCGCACGUGUGUGCGC